AUGGGUCCCAACUACGGUGCUCUCGGCGCAACCUUCCAAAUCGCCCGCCUCUUCCAAGCCUGCUCUCUCAUAGCCAUAAUCGGCAUGACCGCCAAAUUCAUCAGCCUAAUGGUUACACACAACGCAACGCCCCCAAACCUGCUAGUCGGGAUGAUCAGCGUGACCAGCAUCGCCGUAAUCUACUGCCUAAUAACAGCCGUCCUAUACCUAGACGACAUCCUCCCCUUCCUAAUAAUCGCCAUCCUCGACACAGCCCUCCUAAUCGCCCUGAUCGUGGUAACAGUGCUAGUCGGCAAACCCCUCUCAUACCUAAAAUGCACGAGUCUGGCCCAGCUCAACGACGUCGAUGCCACGAUCUACGCAUUUGCCUCGCGGUUAUCGAGUUAUAUUGCGGAUAUGAGUGGACGGAUUGACUAUGUUAGUUGGAUUGGGGCUUCGAGGGCGAUUUGUCUGGAGACGAAGGCGAUUUGGGGGCUGAGUAUUGCGCUUUGUAUUCUUUUCUUCUCUUCUGCUAUUUGCAGUGUCUGUCUGUGGCAGAUAAAGAAGAAGGCUGUUGCUGCGAAGAGUGUUGAGUAA